GCUAUUUUCAUAGCAAUUGACACUGAAGGCACCAGAACUGAUCUCACAGAACUGGGUAUCUCAACGUUUGACACCCGUGAUAUCAAGAACCUCUGUCCUGGUCCUUCAGCAUUGGAAUGGUCAAAACAUAUCAGGCCUCGUCAAUUCCGUUUCAAGACUGGCCAGCGCCAGCCCUUCCUCUUUGGUGCUGUUGAGCAUCGGGUCCCUCUGGCGGCGAUACGACCCUAUCUCAAGCUGCGCCCUGAUCGAUUAUAUAUCCUCGUCGGACAUGCUGUGAAUCACGAUAUCGAGAAACUCGCUCACGUCUUAGGAUAUGAGUUGCGUAACGAAUCUAACAUUGUUGCCAUCGUGGAUACCUUUGCUCUAGCCCAGCAAUGCCGGACCACAUUACCUGGCCGGUUGUCGAAGCUUUGGAGAUAUCUCGUAGAUUCAAGUCCAGGGGAUGUCACUCCAGCCGAUGUUAUCAGAUUGUUCUCUCCGAAUCUUCGCACAACAGACUUGAACUAUGAGAGCAACCAUGCUUUCCACAACGCAGGCAAUGAUGCUUUUUACAAUAUGCAUACUCUCUUGAUGCUCGCAUUGCAGCCAGAACUUCUUCGGGAGCCUCAAUACAAUUCUUCACUAGCUGGAGUAUUCCUUAGGGCUCGGUCUUCAGCGUGGCAAUUAGUACGACGCCUGACAAGUAAAGCCCCAGCACCGAAAGUCACGUCAAUGGCUCCGGGCUCAUUUGUUAGCCGACCUGAGGGUGGCUUGACAAUUUGGAUGAAGAGGCCAAAGACCUGA